UCACGUGGGCCUGACAGCUGGGGAGGGGGAGGCCAGACAAUGUGGGCCUGAAGCGGCCACUAUUGAGAGCUGCAGCCUUGAGACCCCCAGCCUGCCAGACCCCAGCCUGCCUGUUUUGGGCCACUGGCCCCGGGCCCCGCCAUGUUCUCCAGGAAGAAGCGGGAGCUCAUGAAAACCCCUUCCAUCUCGAAAAAGAACCGGGCGGGAAGCCCCAGCCCACAGCCCUUGGGGGAGCUGUCCAGGAAAGAGGGGGCUGAUGCAGUGUCCCUUGGACCCACCCUGGAGCCACCAAGUGCAGCCUCAAAUGCCAAGGCCACGGGCACCCUCAAACGGCCCACCAGCCUGAGCCGCCACGCCAGCGCUGCUGGCUUCCCGCUGUCUGGGGCCAGUUCCUGGACGCUGGGCCGGGGCCACCGCAGCCCACUGGCCGCAGCCAGCCCCGCCGAGCUUCCCAUCGAGGGCCCUUGCCCUGACACCGUGGAGGACAUCUCCCACCUGCUGACUGACGUGGCCCGCUUUGCCAAGGUCCUUGAGAAGCUCAAGGAGUGUGUCCUGAGUGACGACCUCCUCGAGGCCCGCCGGCCACUGGCCCACGAGUACCUGGGUGAGACCCUCCGCGUGAUGCGCCAGGUCAUCAGCAAGUACCCGCUGCUGAACACCGUGGAGACACUCACUGCUGCCGGCUCCCUCAUCGCCAAGAUCAGAGGCUUCCAUUAUGAGUGCAACAAUGAGUCCGACAAGCAGGAGUUUGAGAAGGCCCUGGAGACCAUCGCUGUCUCCUUCAGCAACACUGUGUCCGAGUUCCUCAUGGGGGAGGUGGACAGCAGCACUCUCCUGUCAGUGCCCCCUGGGGACCCCAGCCAGACCAUGGAGAACCUGUACGGCCCCGGCAGCGAGGGCGCCGCCCCCAGCACGGACGACUGCGAGGCGGGCUGCCUGGCCCCCGAGGAGGUGGACAUGCUCCUGCAGCGCUGUGAGGGGGGCGUGGACGCGGCACUGCAGUACGCCAAGAACAUGGCCAGGUACAUGAAGGACCUCAUCGGCUACCUGGAGAAGCGGACGGCGCUGGAGAUGGACUUCGCCAAAGGCCUGCAGAAGAUCGUGCACAACUGCAGACAGAGCUUCCUGCAGGAGCCCCACAUGCCCCUCCUGUCCAUCUACUCCCUGGCGCUGGAGCAGGACCUGGAGUUCAGCCACUGCAUGGUGCAGGCGGUGGGCACGCUGCACACCCAGACCCUCAUGCAGCCCCUGAACCUGAGGCGGCUGGAGCAUGAGAAGCGCAGGAAGGAGAUUAAGGAGUCGUGGCACCGCGCCCAGAGGAAGCUGCAAGAGGCGGAGUCCAACCUGCGCAAGGCCAAGCAGGGCUACACACAGCGCUGUGAGGACCACGGCAAGGCUCGCUUCCUGGCGGCCAAGGCCGAGGAGGAGCAGGCGGUUACUGGGCCCGGGGCCGCCGCCUCCAAGACCCUGGACAAGCGGCGGCGUCUGGAGGAGGAGGCCAAGAACAAGGCAGAGGAGGCCAUGGCCACCUACCGGACAUGUGUGGCCGACGCCAAGACGCAGAAGCAGGAGCUGGAGGACACCAAGGUGACGGUGCUGCGGCAGAUCCAGGAAGUCAUCCGGCAGACUGACCAGACCAUCAAGUCGGCCACCAUCUCCUACUACCAGAUGUUGCACAUGCAGACGGCCUCGCUGCCCGUGCACUUCCAGAUGCUGUGUGAGAGCAGCAAGCUGUACGACCCGGGGCAGCAGUACGCCUCCCACGUGGGCCAGCUGCAGCGCGACGAGGAACCCGACGUGCGCUACGACUUUGAGCCCCACGUCUCCACCAACGCCUGGUCCCCGGUCAUGCGCACCCGGAAGGGGAGCCUUGUCAGCGACACCACAGGGGCGGAGGCCACCGGCAGCCCCGAGGAGGAAGGUGGGCCCAGCGAUGGCACGCUUGCCAAGGAGCGCAGGGGUGGGCGUGGACACCAGGUGCACAAGUCGUGGCCCACCGCCAUGUCAGACUCGGAGGGCAUCCUGGACCCCGGCCCUGGCUCAGCUGUCUCCUGCUCAGAGGACUUGAAGUUGCAUCGGAUGUCCUCCAGCGGCACCAUGUCGUCCAGCGAGGAGCUGGUGGGCCAGGAGGGCAGCACAGGGGCGUCAGCCUUCGAGCAGGCGGACCUCAACGGCAUGGCCCCCGAACUGCCGGUGGCCAUGCCCAGCGGGCCCUUCCGCAACAUGGGGCUGUCCAAGGCCGCCCGCACGCACCGGCUGCGGAAGCUGCGCACGCCGGCCAAGUGCAGGGAGUGUAACAGCUACGUCUACUUCCAGGGCGCGGAGUGCGAGGAGUGCUGCCUGGCCUGCCACAAGAAGUGCCUGGACACGCUGGCCAUCCAGUGCGGGCACAAGAAGCUCCAAGGCCGCCUGCAGCUCUUUGGCCAGGACUUCGCGCAAGCGGCCCGGAGCACGCCCGACGGCGUGCCCUUCAUCAUCAAGAAGUGUGUCUGCGAGAUCGAGCAGCGGGCCCUGCACACCAAGGGCAUCUACCGCGUCAACGGGGUGAAGACGCGCGUGGAGAAGUUGUGCCAGGCGUUCGAGAACGGCAAGGAGCUGGUGGAGCUGUCACAGGCCUCGCCCCACGACAUCAGCAACGUCCUCAAACUCUACCUGCGGCAGCUGCCUGAACCUAUCAUCUCCUUCCGCCUCUACCACGAGCUUGUGGGACUGGCCAAGGACAGUCUGAAGGCGGAGGCAGAGGCCAAGGCGGCGUCCCGGGGCCGGCCGGACACUGCCGAGAGCGAGGCCACGGCCACAGCCAUGGCGGGCCGGCUGCGGGAGCUCCUGCAGGACCUGCCCCCCGAGAACCGGGCCACACUGCAGUACUUGCUGCGGCAUCUGCGCAGGAUCGUGGAGGUGGAGCAGGACAACAAGAUGACUCCGGGGAACCUGGGCAUUGUGUUCGGACCCACGCUGCUGCGGCCCAGGCCCACCGAGGCCACGGUGUCCUUGUCCUCCCUGGUCGACUACCCCCACCAGGCCCGCGUCGUGGAGACCCUCAUCGCCCACUAUGGCCUCAUCUUCGAGGAGGAGCCCGAGGACGUGCCUGGGGGCCAGGACGGCGUGUACGCACAGCGGGCCGAGGCAGUGGUACAGGUGCCCUACCCAGAGGCGAGUGUGGGGGCUGCCUUCCCCCUGCAGGAGGAGGCUGUGGACGGGGGCCCAGAAUCCCGGGUGGCCUCCAACGACUCCGACUCCGAGGCAGAGGCCUCAGACCUGCUGUCCCCAGCGGACAGGGGCGCCGCACACCACCUCAGUUUCCUGCAGAAGCAGGGCAGCGAGGCCAGCGUGGAGGAGGGCCAGGGCAGCCGCAGCGGCAGUGAGGAGCGGCUGGGAGCCGCGGCCGGGGAGGCCGGGGACGGGGAGGGCCUGGCCCAGCGGCUUUCCGAGUACAAUGCCAACCAGUGCAACAACGUGGCCGAGGUCCGGCUGCCCGCCAUGAGGCUCCGCGGUGGGCGUGCCGAAGCAGGCGCGGGCCAGGACAGGCAGCCGGAGUUUGUCUAGCUGGGGCCCUGGGCAGGCCGAUGCAGUAGCUGAGGAGGUCUCUGUGCAUGUCCAGUCACUGUGAGGCCUCCUCCUCCAAGCCCAAUGCGUUGGGGGCAUUGCCAGCUGCCGUUUCCAGAAGCUUCCAGGAGCACGGGGUGAGGCUCAGGCCUGCCCCAUGUCUGCCUGCGUGCCAGGAGCCAUGUGAACAGAGAAGCCACGUACGCCCCCGCUGAGUGGCCCUGCUCUCGGGGCCAGCCACCCUGUGGGCCACUGCGCCACCACGGAAGGCCAUGCUGGAAGCCAGAUGGCAGAGGCCAAAGGCGGCAUCGGGCACUGCGGGGUGUAGGCACGUGGUGAGGUCUGUCCUGGGUCACGAUGUAGGUUUUUCAAAUGCACAUUUAUUUUGCUUACAAUAAAGUUUUAAAUCUGA